UGUUAUUAUUGUUAUUCAUUAAUUCUUUUAUUUCUUUUUCAUAAGUUUUGUCUCCUAUAGUAUAAUUAAUUUGUUCCUUUACUUGUUCAGAUAUUUUUUUAAAUGUUAUAGAAUAUUCGAAUAAAUCUAUUUUUGCUUUCAUUUUUCUUAAGGAAUCUUUUCCUAAUAUUAAAUCAAAUUCUUUUAGUUCUUCUGCUCUCUUGUGAGUAACUGUUGAACUGUGUGUUAAACUUAAUAGGUUUAUUUAAUUUUAUUCUUUCUGCAAAUGGGUAAUUUUUACUCACAUAGCUACUAGUUGCACUUGAAUCUAUCAGUAUAUGCACGAAUCUUCCAUUAGGUGCAGUGCGUCUUAACGUCGGAAGACCGUGAUACCUUAUAAAAAAAUGUUUUUGUUGGUUAGUAUUUUUAUAACUUACGCUAGCUGCUUCAUUGUAGAGUGAUAUGUUAUCUUCAUUAGUUUGUGCAUCUUUCAUUUGGCUGCGCUUUGCGUUGAUUUAUAUUUGAUGAUUCGUCUCUGCUUCUCUUGAAUUGUUCUCCUACUCGUUGCAUUACUGUUUUGAAGGGAUUCGGUGUUUGUCUGCUUGUCUGCUGAAAUUGUGGUGGUUGUGGAUUAUAUGGUUGUCUUCUGAAUCUUGUUGAAGAAGGAUCUACAUCCAUUGGUACCACUGGCUGUGUUUGUUGCACGAAAGUUGGAUGAAGAGGGGGGUAUAUUUGUGGUCUCUGCCAUUGUUGCUGACUCUUCUGGUAUGUUCUGGGUAUGUGUUCCAGUUGGUGAUAAUGAGUGUCAUGUUGCCAUUCAUGCCUUCCAUCAGGUUUGAGCAAUUUCUGGAGUACAGUGCGUUUUUUGUUGCUGUACUUUUUAACCCUGCAAUAAAUGUACGUAUCGCUUUUAGUUGCACUUCUUUUGAUAGAGCUUCUAUCACAAAUUCAUUUUUGUGUGACAUUUCUAUCUUGGAUAAUACUCCGUUGAGUGCUUGGUUCAGGUGAUCAUAGUAUAUGUGCAGAGGUUUUUCUCCUUGUCGUAUUCUCAUCAUAUCUUCCUCGAGUACAUAGAGUGGGCGUUGAUCUGCAUAAGAGUCGUCUAGGCGGUCUAUGAUUUCAUCGAGGUUUAGCUUUGUGUUGUUGCUGAUGAGGAUUUGUGCAGCUCGUCCUGUGAUCUUUCCUCUGAGAAGGAUCAGGGCUUCAGUGUAAAUGUUUUGUCCACAAAAUAUUUUCACAUAAUUCAUUAGCGUUAUUGCUAGUUUUCUCCAAUUUCUGUAUUCGUGAUAAUCUCCACUAAACACUGUUAUUGCUGAUUUGAAGAGUUCUAAGUCGACUUCUUUGGGAUCAGUGUAUGUACAGAUUUCAUCCUGGGCUUCUAUUAUUGGUGUAUUACCUAUUUGAGCUUCGGCGAAUUUCCUCUGCAAAUCAAGUACCAUCGCUUGGAGUGCUUGGAUCUCUGCUGCUUGUUGUGCCAUUUUAUUUUGUUUUUUCUUGUUUUGUUUUUAAGUUUUGAACCGUUUUGAAAAUUUGCUUGAAUUUUAGUUACUGGAUUCAACCUUAUUUCUUGUCCUUGAAGGAUUUUUGUAUCGAAUCCUUUUUUGUUGACAGGUCCUUUUUAGUUUUGGGACACUUUCCAAGGAUAUGUUUUUAUAUCCUUCACUUGUUAAGGAAUUGAUUCUGAUUCCUUUUUAUUAGUGUGUCCCUGCUCGGGCGCCUAUUAAAGUUUACACUUUAUUAUUUUCUAAGAAAUAUAUUUUUAGCUCCGUAUAGCAAUCUUUAUUUAAUCACUUAAACAGUGUGAAUUUUAUGAACAGAAAAGAUGUUGUAUACAAGCGGGUGCUUGUAUUUAUACAAAAAACUUAGCUUCAAAGUAAUAUAUUUAUCAGUGGUUGUAUUUAUACAAGAACUUAGCUUCAAAGUAAUAUAUUUAUCAGUUGUAGUUUUGUGGUUUCUAUUCUAUUGUGGAAAAGUACUGAAGUGGAAAAGUACUGAUGUGGAAGACAAUUAGUUUAGUUAUUUGGAUAGUGUUAUCUUAUAGUAAGUGAUGUCAGCUUAUUGCUAGGUAGAUGUACAUAUGUAUAUGUAUGGUAGCUAUUAUCAGUUGGGUUCAGUGUAAGUCAUGUAUUAACUCGAGCGUAAGUUUUUUGUAAGUUUCAUGUACACAACAGAGCUACAAAACUAUAGCGAGGCCUAAGUCAAUUACAAUCAUGUUUGUUAUGUUGUUACUUUGUGAAUCAUUUUUCAAGCACGUUUAUAAAAGUAUUAUUAUUUUAUAAUUAAAUAAACCUUUCAUAAAUAUGCUUAUUAAAUGUUUUCGAAAAAUCAUUACAAUAAGCUUAUUCUAUAACUCUAUUGCCGUUCGCUUAUGGAAAGGUUUAUUAGGAUGUACAUAAACAUACACAUGCAUUUACAUGCAAUAAUAAUAAAAAUGAAUGGGUAAGCAAAAGUCAUAAAUUUACAGAUCAGAUAACAUUGAACACACACACUUUUAUUGAAUUGUACAUUUGAAAACAACUCCACAUUAUGCAACACAAACAAUAUGCUGCAAUACAUACAAACAUAUAUAUGUACAUAUAUGUACAUAUAUUUAAUUAGAUACGUAAGUAUAUAAGGCUCAAGGUUCAGCUCAAGAAAGGUACAUAUUUAUUUUUCCCCACCAGCGCGCAGUGAUUCGCCUGGCGGACAAAAGUCAAUGUAAACAAUUAAAUAAUUGACAAUACUUUGAUUAUAACAACCCUUGAUAUGUCACAAUUUUAAGUAAGAAUUGCGCAAAAUAUUCUAAUACGGUUAACUACAACAAUUUUAAUCGAAGUGAUACGGUGUUAUCAUUUUUAUGUUUUCAAUUUAAAUAAAAAAUACAUUAUAAAUAGUGAUUUAACAAGGUUCGGAGGGGAAAACACGACUGUUGAUGAAAUGGAAUUUAAUUUAGAAGGUAUGUAUAUAUAUCUUAUGCAAUUUAAUACUUGGUUUGCGUUUAGCUAAUACGUUGUACGGGGUUUUGAAAACUCAUAUAAAAAUGUUUUUUUUUUUUUUUAUUUUCAAGUUUUUAACGUAUGCAACUUUUUUAUCCACAUAUGUAUAUCCAAGCUAAUGUUUGAAUAUUGUAUAACGGCAACCUUAAGCUAUGCAUGUGGAGUACCACAUCUUUCCCCCAUAAUUUUUAAUUAUUUUUUUCCAGAUCGAGUUUGCUCUAUUUCAAAAAAGGAGUUAUUUGAAGAAUGGCGAAAAUGUAAAAUAGAACGAAAUUCCCGGUUAGUUAAUUAUGUUUUGACAAAAUUUAGUGCUACAGAUGUAACGCCUGAUACACAGACUGAGAUAAAGUUAAAAAUUUCGAGUGUUUCGUCAAAAUUUUCGAAAAAAUGGACUAAAGCAAAUAUGAUGAUUGAACGUUUUUUAAACAAAAAUCGCAGUUGGUUAGAAGGAGCAGAUUUACAAUUUCACCUACAAAUGGAACAUCCUGUCCUACCUCAUCAACUGGAAGCAAUCGACCUCAAGACCAGUGGAAUAAAACUAAAGUGUAGCAAAGGAAAAACUGCAUAUAUAAAAAUUACGCGACAUUGAUGUGGAAAAGGAAGCUGUGAAGUAAAAGGAAAUAAAUUCUAAUGGAAUAAAAAUUCGGAAAAUUAAAAAAUAUAACCAUAUAUUGUAGCACCAGCAACAAUAGCUACAGUAGCAGCAAUAAUGACAACAACAAAAGAACCAAGUAAGUACCUUCGUAAAAGAAUUAUGUAUACUUGUAUGUGCAAAUAUUUUUUUAAUGUAUCUCGUGAAUUAAUAACGGUACAUUUUUUUCCAGUAUGCAGUAUUCAUGGUUCACAUAAUGUGUUUGUAUAUACGGUUUUUUAUUCUUUUAUUCGGUUCAUUUGUAUUACCGUUAAUUGAAAAUGUCAUUGCGUUUUGUAUUGUUCAUAGAAAAGAAUUAUAUGUGCAAACUCAUCUAUUUGUGCUAUGGCAGCUGAACAGAGAACACAUAAAGUUUGUUUUUAACUAAAGUGAAAAAUUGGAAAAAAAGUAAGUUAUGGGUAUUAAGUUUAGUGCAUAGAAGCAUAAUUUAUAAAGUUAUAUAGUUAAAAUGCCACGUGGUACAGAACUAUCGGAUGAAGAGCGAGGUAGGAUAAUUGGAAUGCACGGAGCCGGCAUCAGCAUUGGACGAAUUGCUGCGUCAGUGAACCGACAUCGUAAUACAGUUUCAAGUUAUUUGAAAAAUUCUCAUUGUGUUCUCAUCACUAUGGUGUUAUAAAGCGAACUGGUCAAUUACUAGCAGUUGAUAAGCGUACCAAAAGACGCAUUCAUCACUUAGCAAUUAGCGUAGGCAUGAGUUGCAAGACAGAGUGUUCAGCAAAUUAUGAAACAUGAAAUGGGCCUUUGAAUUAAAACUAGCUUAGCCGCGAAUGAAAAAGCGAUAUAAAGAUGUUCGUAUGUUAUUUUGCGACAAAUAUCGGUUUUAGAAAGAGGAGGUUGAAAACGGAAUUUUAAGUGACGAAAAAACGUUUAAUUUGGAUGGUCAUCACAAAUAUUGGCGCGAUAAGGGAAACUAUGGUGGGGGAUCUUCAAUGGGAUGGGCUGCCUUUAGCUCUAAAGGCAAAUCUCAUUUGUGUUUUUUACCGUGUUUAAAUUGAAUUCUGAACUAUAUGUACAUUGAUUUACUGGAUUGUGAGCUCAUUCCUUUUGCUGACAAUUUUUAUGACGACAGUUGGAUAUUUCAGUAAGACAACACCCCCAUUUAUGUGUCUCGCACUGAAAAAGCAUUUUUUCAGUCCCGGAAUAUCCAAUUAUUGGAUUGGACAGCUUUGAGUUCUGAUCUUAACUCCAAAGAGGACCUUUGGGAUAUAUGUACUUACUGUAAACAAAAAUUCGUUACAUACGCACAGGUAUUUCAAAGUCGAAAAUAAAUAAUAAUGUUUCACUAAAACAGUGACUCCACAGCUUAACUGGAACUGUUACUGUGUAUCUACUAAAUUAGUGCUUUCAAAGCUGUUAGGUCGGUGGCUUUACUACCACAGUAGCCGUCACUCCUCAAAAUAUAGGAAUAUAAUAGGAAGUUCUUAGACAAAACAAAAUUGAAACAGAAUAAAUACGAAUAUUUUUGUUCUUUGUUUUUUGUAAUUUCAAUUGACACAAAGUUCCCUCAAAAUGGAGGCAUCUACCAUACAAUAUUUUCUACUCGUUUAAAACUGGAUUAAUGGAAUUGCAGAAUUCGAUUUUAUUAGGCAAAUUGACAAUAACAAUUUUUGAUGGAAAUAAUAAAAAAAAACACUUAAUUAAUAACAAGUUUGUGAUUGAAUUGAAUAUCUAUCGAAGGACUAAUUUAAGCGAUAACGCUAGCAAUAAAACAUCUUCCAGACCCAAGCAAAAUAUGAAUAAUAUUUCUAAUUAUAAAAGACGCUAUAAAGGAAGUAUGGUGGAAAUCAUCAAUAAUUACAUAUAGUAAAAGAUAAAUGUGUCACAGAAUUCGUUCACACCAAUCAUCUUAAGGGUGUAGACAAAAAUAGACUUAUAAAUAUACCAAAAAGACAUAAAAGCGUAUUUUUUAACAAAGAUGAUAAUUUAACAUUUACAAGUUCAAAAAAAACAGAAUAAUAACCGAAAACCAAACCGAAAAUUUACCGAUACUCAGAAGUACAUUUACCGGAAAUAGAACGUACUCGACAUAUGUACAUAAAACAGUGUUCUUCACUGCAAACGGACAUUAUGAAUUCUAAGGAAAUAAAUGUAUAGCCACUGUUAGCCACAGUUUUCAAUAAUUCGUGUUUAACAAUGAAAUAUUCAAAAUUAUAAUAUAAUUGCACUCGCGUACUCGGUGGUACGUAAGAUCAACGGCGAUUAAAUGAAGUGACGUACAGGAUCGUAAUCCAGUUCAAGUUAAGAUGUGGUGGGGAUGACGACGAACGUUUUUAAUCGAAUUUAUAAGCUACUUUUGAUGUGCGAAUUGUGUCUGCUAUCCCGUUGUCCAUCCUUUCUGUUGAGUAGGUUAGUGUACAGGUGUGGUGAAUUGUGUUGGUGUUGUACUGCGGUGGCAUCGGCUGUGGUGUUCUGAGCUCUGUUAGGGUGCGACAGAAUUUCCUAGGUAGAAUGGGUGGAGGCUUAACUCAUUUGAACACUAAAAAUGCCCUUUGGGUUGCGAAAUGCACCGGCAACGAUCCAGAGGCUGUUGAAUAAAAUACUAAAAUAAUAUAUAAGCGUUAAGGAGCCUCCUGAAUCAUUGAAAAAUUUAAUCAAAUUAAAAGAGAAAAAACUUAAAGAUACAAAUAUGUAAAUAAAAAUGAUUUCUGGAGGCAAGAGACAAAAUUCCUAGGUCACAUGAUUACAAAAGAUGGUAUUAAACCAAACCCACAAAAAGUGUAAGCAAUUGAAAAAACUCUAAAUACUUCCAAGAAGUGUUAAAGAGAUAAAAGAAUUUUUAGGAAUUACAGCAUAUUAUGGAAGGUUUACCAAGGACUACUUGAAAGUUGUGUAUCAUAUUAUCAAGUGCUUUAAGAAAGAUAGGAAAAUAAAUCAAAAUGAUAUAGAUUAAAUAAAGGCAUUUAAUAAAUUAAAAGAGCUAAUAAAUCAGACCCAAUUUUAAUUCACCCAGUUUUUAAUAAAGGUUUCACACUAGUGACAAAUGCCAGAAACUUUACUUUAGUCAUAACAUUAUUAAAAACUGAUAAAGUUAUCUGCUAUGAAAGCAGAUCACCAAACGGGCAUGACAAAAGUUAUAGUACAAUAGAAAAAGAGUUACUUCCAAUAUUUUGGGCGACGAAGUAUUGCCGAUAAUGCUUAUUUGGCCGGCACUUCACUAUUAAAACGGAUCACGCACUUUAAACCAAAUAUGGAAAAUAAAGUUGAGUGAGUUCGAUUUCGAUAUUAACUACAAAAGGAAAAGAAAAUGUAAUUUCAGAUGGUCAAAGCAGAAAUUAUGAAAUUAAUAAUAAGAUGGUGAUGACAUACCAGGUUGUUCAAUAAGUUUUGUAGUUCGAUAAGAGAGGGCGUUGCUACUAGCCUAAAAUUUGUUUGUUUUGUUGGUACACUCUUCAUAUGAACGUACAUAUGUGAAGAUUCAUUUCAAUAUGUCAAUUCAUAUUUUGUUUACAAGUCAUUUAGUGUCGCCGUAUCACAGUAAUGGAAAAAAUUUUAUAUCGUGCAGUGAAAAAUUCUUAUUUUUUUAUGCUGUAGCACCAGAGGAAAUUCUCGAACUAAUAUUAAAAGUAUAUAAUGAAUGUUCACCUACAAUUAGAACAGUAGGAAGAUGGAUAGCUGAAUUUAAACGUGAUCGUACAAGUCUUGAAGACGAUCCACGUGAAAGACGUCCAAAAAGCAUAUCAACACCAGAAAUCAUAGCCAAAAUACAGGAUAUGGUUUUGGAAGAUCGUCGAUUGACUGAGAGAGAUUUAGUAGAGGCUCUACACAUCCUAUUAGGCAGUAUGAGCAGAUAUGUUGAAGUCAACGAAAAAAGGAAGAUAUUGCAACUAAAUAUCAACCAUUGCGUUGCAGCACAAAACCUUCUAAGUGCUAGAAGAAAACAUAGAUGUCGUCAUAUUAAGCUAACAAUAUUUUCAACGUUCGGAAAGCACUUGGAGUAAAGAUAUAAGUGGCAAAGCAGAAAUUUGGGCGUGUAAAGAACAAGCUUUCACAUCUCGUUCCAAAGAAACCCAUAACGGCUUUACAUGGGCGAAUAUACAAGGAAUAUAUUUUGUAAGUUGCUAUGCUAUUUUAACGCAUGGUCUACUGCUUGGGGUAGCAGAAUUACAAACCAUCGUGGUCGCCUCAUUUAGAAUUUUCGAGUCAAACAAACCUAACGAUUUUAAACAGUGGCAUACAAAAUACCUUUCAAAAGAGAAAUAAAGGAUCAACAAUAGACCUAAUGUUUGCUAACGACGCGCUUAACAGGCAUACUAAGUGGAAGGUGUGAGAUAUGUACACAAAUAGCGACAAUAUGGUUACAAUUGCUGAAGAGUUGUUCUCCCAGGAAUCGGAACUCUGUCGGAGAAAUACUUCCCGAAAACGAAGUUGGAAUUUGAUACUGACGUUUUUGAGAGCGUCUGGCAUCAGGCGAAGAUGCCGCUCACUUAGUAUCCGCUGUGCGAAAGGAACCAGUUGCAGCAUGCGACGCAACUAUGCGAAGGACGAGAUACAAUAAAAAUCGAAAGCCAGUAUACUGGUAGAACGACGAAACUGCCAAGCUGAGGAAGCUCUGUCACUCAGCUGGACGCCGCCUACAGCGUAACGAUAAUGAAAUCAGCCUAAGAGAAGCAUUUAAAUGUCAACAAAAGCUCCUGAAGCUCCUCCGUUAUCUGUAGUAAGAGAUCCUGUUUUGAAAAGUUCUGUGAAGAAGCGAACCUAAAGUGCAUCAUUUUUGAAAAAUGUUAUCGAAGGUUAUUCCCGACACAUGCCUCCAUUUCCUAUAUUAAAUGAAGCUACGGCUAUUGUGAAAAAAAUUAAAAGCUCCAAGGCGCCUGGAAUAGAUGGUAUUCCAAAUAGAGUCCUUAAAGAAGCCAUAACUCUUAGACCCAAUUUAUAUGUACAAUGCGUGUAUAUUAGAGGUGUUCCCCGAUCCAUGGAAGAUACAGCCUCUGGUUCUACUCCCAAAGCCAAAAAAUUCACCAGAAGAACCUUCAUCACAUCGACCUCUUUUCAUGGUCGACACGAUUGGGAAAGUGUACGAAAGCAUUGUGAGAGACCGGUUGGAAUUAGCAAUCCAAAAACCGGCGGAUUAUCAGAGACACAAUGUGGCUUUAUAAAAAAGUGGUCCACUAUUGACGCACUAAGAGAAGUUAUUGAUAAUGUUUUGCACAGAAAAACACCGUACUCACGUUUGACUCUCUGUUUGAGUUGUAAGAUCAAACUUUAAACUUAAAUAUGAUUCUUUAAAUCCUUACCACUGGUGGGGGGAAAAUAAAGACUUAUUUAAGCUGCGAACUAUUUCAUUCAUUGUUUACAUGUGUAUUUUUGUAUUAAUGUACUUGUGUCACAAAUAUAAUUUGCUAUAUGUAUAUUCUAUCUUAAGAAAUAAAUUGUCAUGUUCAUGUAUUUAUGAACAUUCUGCCAGGGGCUUUUAGUUGUAUCCUAACUUUACUCGUAUAUUACAAGUAUGUUUUAUUAUUAAUAUUUUUUAAUUAUUUCUAACUGGAAGUUCAAAUGGAACAGUCACAGUUCUUGUCACACAUUUGGAUCUUAUAUAUAAAAUAGUAAUGAUUAAUGAUAUUAUCAAAACUAAUGUUAGCGAAACGUGACCACUUACGUGUUGAAAAUGUAUACCUUUUAAUUUUAUAUUUUCUGUUUUGAAGAGUUCUAUUUGUUGUUUAAGAUGUACGAUAUCUUUGGUAUUGUUUAUUAAUGUUGAAUCAAAAGGUUUUUUUGUAAUUCUGGAAUAUCUUCAAUAUCGUUAUCACAAGAAGAGGAUAGCAAUUCUUUAUUAAUUUCAGAUCGUACGUGAUGAGACGCUGUUAAAGUUACUCCUUCAUGUCGUGCUGUGCAUCCUUCUUUUAUUGUCAUAAUGCCUUGACUAGGGAUUUCCAUAUGCAAUUGUUAAUUGCACUGUGGAACAUUUUUGGGAUUAUUGUCUGGGUGGUGAGAAAUUCCAAGUCAGGGUGAUGGUACUAGGUCAGUAUAAUAAAACCCUCAAUUUCUAUUUGCUUUUAUUUGUUUUUAUUCAAAAAAGUGUCAUUUAUCGCCUUUUUUUAUAAAUUUUCAUCAAUAACUCCACACUUCUGGCCAUAAACUACUAAAAAAAUAAAGUAAACAUUUUUAUAAUUUUUUAUUUUUAUUUUAUUUAUUUCUAUUUAUUUUAAUAAAUAUUGCCUAAAAAAAUAAUUAUAAAAAAGGCGAUAAAUAACACUUUUUUGAAUAAAAACAAAUAGAAAUUGUAAUUCUUAAUUUUUCUAAAUUUGUUUCAUCAAAAUGGGUCAAGUGGUUUGCGAAAAAACAUCAAGAUAAGGAAAAAAUUUAAAAGGUCGUAAAAAAAACUGACACAUACGAACGCCAAGCCCUUUGAGGGUUUUACUAUACUGACCUAGUACCAUCACCCUGACUUGGAAUUUCUCACCCCCCAGAUUAGCUGUUGUACUGUGUUAUUAUCAAAUUCUAGAUAUAUCAUUGCUUUGCUAAAUAAUUUGUAAAGCCACCGAUUUUGGGAAGAAAAUUUUAUCCAAACGUUUUCAUUUGUAGAAGGUUUGAAAUCACAUGCUUCAUUUUCUAAUUGUUUUAAAGCUGCUACUUCACAUGAAUUAUCCGUCGCUGAUUUCCAAACUAAAUUUUCAGGACAUUGGUGAUGAUUCUUUGAGUUAGUAGAACAUUUAUAUAGAUCUACUUGGUUUAUAAGUGAAUAUUGAUUCAAAUUAAACUUGUAUAUUAAAUAUUCUGAAUUUAUUUCUGGAAUAAUCAUAUUCCCUUUGUAUUUUAUUGUAUGUGGAUUUAAUUUAUAUACGUUUGACGGUUCAUACAAUAUUAAGGGAAUUUCUAUAUUUAUGACUAGUCGUGAAUCAACAAUUAAACCUUUAGCAGUCAUCGAUUUAUAAAUUUCUUGUAAUUCAUUACCCGAUUUUCUUCCAGGUAGUAUUAAUUUGUGUGGUAGUUUGUUUCUAAUAAAUUCAAUUUCUUUAUUAAGUUGCGAAGGCUUUAAUAGUUUUGGAUUUAUGUGACCAUGAGUUAUGUUAAUUAGAACUAUAUAACUAUUCCUAUUGAAAUGGUUAAUAUUUGAAGCAUCAAGGUCAUUCGCUCAGCAUUCUGUUCUUUUAAUGUUUCGUUAUAAAAUUUAUUAAGUUGUUGAUUCAUUUUCUCAAAAUUACGGUUAACUUCAUCGGUUGUCUCUUUUAAUAUAUUUAUGGUAGAAUCAAAUACCGAUGUCUGCCUUUUAAACUUUGCUAUAUCUUUUUGGUUGUCGAAAAUAUUUCUAAUAUUUGAUUCCAUAUUUUCUCGGUCAUCAGCAUCCAUAAUUCCGAAUAAUAUAUGGUAAAUUGAACCAACGAAUUCGAAUGGUGCUCGCUUUUUUCUAUUUUGUUCUUUCAUAAACAAUUCAUUAUUUGUUUUAAGACUAUUAUAUUUGUCUUUUAAAGUUGCAGUAAUCAUUAUGCAGGCAUCUUCGUAAUAGGUCAAUAUUUUGCAUUGAUGUUCAAGUCUGCUAAUGAAUUCUUGUACUUUAUGCAUCCGAUCAUAAUAAGUACCUAAUUCGUAAUAGACAAUUAAAUUCCAUUUUGAAUUUAUUAUGUCCAUUUUACCAAACGGUUCCAAAUAUAUUGCUGUAUUAUUUUUGAGUUUAGUCACUGAAGCUCCUGGUUUAGUUGUAUCAUUAAUGUAUAAUGACUUAGUUUGUGUUGCUAUCAUGAGUAUCGUUAAGAACCACAUCACCAAUUUCCUUGUUUUACUCGGUCGUUCUGAGGUUGCAGUAUUUUUUGUUAUUCUCGAAGUCAGGAAACUUGUAACAUGAUUUGCUUUCUCCAUUCUACUGCUAUUUAUUACCUCCAGUGGGCAUAAUUUGUGAACGGGCCGUUUAAGUAUGCCAUUUUGUAAUUUUAGAAGUACAACUCUUAUAUUUCCAUCCUUUCCCGGAUGAGUUUCAAUAAUUUUUCCUAAUGGCCAUUUGGCUAGAUGAGUUUCUUCAUCUUUAAUAAUAACUAUUUGUCCUUGUACGAGAUUAGCUUGUUUGGUUUUCCACUUCAUGCGUUGUUGCAACAUUACAACAUAUUCGCUUUCCCAUCGUUUCCAAAAGUCUUUUUUAAGUUUUUGUAUUAAUUUCCAUCUAUCUAAUGAACCUAUUUGUUUAUCGUUAAUUGCUUCAGGACAAUCUAUUAUUGGACAUCCUAUUAAAAAAUGACCAGGCGUUAAAACGUCUACAUAUGUAUAUCGCUUUCACCAUCUAUCGCACAUAGAGGUCAUGAAUUCAGUACUGCUUCAAUCUGUGAUAGCAAAGUAAUCAUUUCUUCAAAUGUCAAUUUAGUUUCGCCUAUCACUCUUUUUAAAUGAUAUUUCACCGACUUCACUCCUGCCUCCCAAAUUCCUCCGAAGUGAGGACCUGCCGGGGGCCCGAAAUGCCAUUGAAUUUUAUCUGCUUCUAAUAUGGGACCUACGGUUGAAUUGUUUUUGAUUGCUAUUUUAAAAUCUCGGUCUAAUCUUCUACAAGCUCCGACAAAAUUUGUUCGAUUGUCCGAGUAUAUAUGUUGACUUUUACCUCUUCUAGCAAAAAAUCUUUUCAAAGCAGCUAGGAACGCUUCGGUUGUUAAAUCACUUACUGCUUCUAAAUGAAUAGCUUUUGUUGCCAUACAAACAAAUACAGCUAUAUAUUCCUUAAAUGUUUUUUGUCCUCUUUCUUUUGAACAUUUCAUAUGAAUCGGUCCUGCAUAGUCUAUACCAUCUAUAGAUACUCGGAAUUCUGGAAGAUUUCCCAUUAAUUGUUUUGUUACUUCUUUGCGGUAACGUACGCAUCGACUACAAGAUCGAAUUGUCUUUUUAUGGAAUUCUUUAAUCCAACAAUCCAGUAAUUCCUUCUAAUCAUUGAUUCCAUUAACAAAGUUAUUUUAUGAAUAUUUUCAAUUUUUAAUGGUGACAAAUGUGACCUAUUUAAUAUUAUUGGGUGCUUUUGAUUAAAUUGAAAAUUUGCAUUACCCAAUCUACCUCCUACCCGAAGGAUUCCCUUAUUAUCCAAAAUUGGAUUUAAACUUGCAAUGCUACUUUUAUGAUUAAUUUCUUUUUUGAUUUCUAAACUCUGAAUUUCCUCCCUAAAUUGUAAUUUUUGCUGAUAUCUUAUUAACAUCUCUAAAGCUUCUUUCAUUUCUGAGUUUACUAAGCAUUCAGGGCAUUUUUUCCCUCUUAUCGCAAAAUAUAAGCUACUACCCUUAUUAGUUUGCUUAAACGAGAAUAUUUUAGUAUUACCUUAUCCAAGAAAUGUAAUUCCUUUGAGGUUGUCACAUACGUUGCAUCCAUUUGAAUAAUAUUCAUUGGCCAAUGAUGUUCCUCUUCUCGCAACCAUUUUGGACCCUUCCACCAUAGAUCGUGUUCUAUUAGUUUAUUCGCCGGUACCUCUCUGGAUGCUACAUCAGCUGGAUUGUCCUUUGUUCCAACGUGUUGCCAUUUCGCAUUGGAAGCAAGUAAAUUGAUUUCUUCUACUCGUGUUCUAAUAAAUCUGUCUUUAUUUUGGCAAUUAUUUAUCCAUGCUAACGUUAUAGUUGAAUCGCUCCAAGCAAAUAUUUUCAUUUCUCUGUUGAUGACUGUUUUUAUCCAUUGCAGCAAUUUAGCAAGUAGGUGAGCCGCGCAUAGUUCCAGUUUUGGCAACGUUUUCUUUUUUUAAUUGGAUUCACUUUAGUUUUACCAGCAACAAUUGUUAUAACUGAUCCAACUUUAGCAUAUACAACUGCUGCAUAAACUUCCUCUGAAGCAUCUGCGAAUCCAUGUAGUUCAAAUUUAAAGUUGUUUUAAGAUUCAAAUCAUCUAGGAAUUUUUAUUUGUUUUAUCUCUGGUAUAUGCUGCAUAAACUCUUGCCAUUAUUUUGUUUAAUUCUCGUCAAGUAAUUCGUCCCAGUUGAGUUUCAUCAACCAAAGUUUCUGUAUAAAUAACUUUGCUAUAACGGUUAUUAGUGAAAGCCAUCCCAUUGGAUCGAAAAUUCGCGCUAAAUCAGACAAAGCUUGUCUUUUUGUAAGUAGCGUUUGCGUUGAAAGAUUCGUAUUAAAUCCAAACGUGCCUUUGGUAGGAUCCCAUUGAAUAUCCAAUGUCUUUAUUGUUUCGUCCUCUGCUAUUUUUAUUACUUCAUUUACUGGAAUAGUUGGUAUGAUUUCACUGUUGUUUGACAUCCACUUCCUUAAGUAAAAUCCAUAUUUUUAUAGUUGUUUCGAUAUUUCAUACUUAAUGGCCUUACAGUCUUCUAGAAUCACUGAUUGAUGUGGCAAAUAGUAUUUUCCGUAUCUAUUUUCACUUGUUUUUUCCAUGUAGUCCAUUUCUGAAUAUUCUUUCAUAAAUUGCACAUAUUGUUGUUUUAACUCGUCAUUUGUAGCGAACCUUUUCUGAAGAUUAAGAAACCUCGCCAUAGGUUAUUUGCGAGAAUCGCCCAAUUCUUUUUCUUAUUUAAAAGGUAGAUUGGCGACAAAUCGAUUAUUUUCAUCUCUCACUGUUGUUUUUUUUAAAUUUGUUAGGCAUUCAUUAUCAUCUGCUGUAUCUGCUGGAGUUGUGGUAUCUUCUAUUUCCCAAAACUUCUUCAAUGUUGUGGUAACCGCUGCUGAAAUUGUAUUGUUUUUUCUCGGUUGUUGUAAAACUCCCGACAAUAUCCAGCCCAAUUUCGUGGCUUGACCUAGUAUUCGAUCCUUUUAAAAUAUGCCUUCUUCUAGUAUGUCGGCAUAUAUGUCACUUCCAAUGACAACAUCGAUUCGAUCCGAUUUAUUGAAAUUGGGAUCAGCUAAAGUGUAGUUUUUCAAUUGAGCAUUCGCUAAUUUCGGCAAAUUUAUUGCUUCGACAUUGUACGCCUCGUUGCUUAGGCAUCUCGGCUUGAUUUUAAAUUUGGACACUCCCACUGUGGUAUUUCUGAAACCUUGUAGUUCAGUUACUUCUUUUCUUCUUGGUAAAUGAAGUAUUUGAGCUGCUUCUUAGGAAAUAGUAGUCUUUUGGGAUCCUUGAUCGAUUAGAGCUCGCAAUGUCACAUACUCUCCAUUUGCUGCCUUCACCCUUAUCUGUGCUGUUGCUAGGAGUAUCGCCGUUUCCGAAUGUUUCGUCAUCAUUGUGGAAGAUGUUUUUGUGAUAUUUUCUUCACUUCCUCCUUUUCCUUUUUGGAAUUCAUUGAAGUGCAAUAAAUUAUGAUGAUUUCAUUCACACUUAUUGCACUUCUUCUUAUUAUUACAUUUGCCUUCAUAUACGUGAUCAAGGCAAAUGUAGCAUAGCUUGUUGUUUGUUAUGAAUUUUCUUCGAUUCAUGGUAUCCAAUAUCUGAAACUUUCUGCAUUCACCAAUUUGAUGCCCAGGAACCUUGCAGUAUACACAAUUUUUUUGUGCCGCUGUAUAAAAUGUAGGUGUUCUCUGUGGCUUCUUUUGAUUAUUCCAUUUAGCUGGUUUUCUGUCUCGUAUUGCUUCUAGCCCUUUCAGACCUUCAGUACACAAUUGUGCGGGUAAGACUAAAAAUAUAUUAAAAUUUUUUUUUUCGCUAUACUACGUGUCAAGACCCGAAAGCAAAGAUUGUUCCAUUUAUUUCUAACGGUACUUUUCAACGGUUGCUUUGAAUUUUUGUAUAUUUUUGUCACAAUUUGCAAAGUUUUGAAGUGUUCAGCAGUGUUGUAAAGAAUGGAAAAAGGUAAAUUGAAAUAAAUUUUGUGCAGUGUUUUAGUUUCGUGAUGUUUUGCAGAACUGUGUUUUGAAAAAUAUUAAAUAAACUAUAUAUUGUCUUAUUGUGAAAAAAUUAUAAUUAAAUUAAGUGUUUUGUUCAAGUUUAAAAAAGGACCACACAAUUGUGCGCUUCAGGCUUUGACCUCGCAUUUUCAUUUACCCGCACAAUUGUGACAUUCCAGGUCAUUUCAAUUUGAAUCUUGAUGAGGACGUGCUUCAAGUUCUCCAAAUAUUGGAAAAUUCCGAUGCUGACUUUAGUUCUGAUGACUCAAAUGAUGAUGCGCCCUGGGAACCACCAAAUAGGCAAAUGGGCGGUUCAUCCGAGUCGGAUUGUAAUGAAACUUCUUCGGAAGAUGAAAUUUUACUUCCAGCUAAUCAAGACCCAACUGUAAGUCAUGUAAAUGUAAGCGUAUCCGCUCGGGAUGAAGUUUGGAAGAGCGUCGGUUUUGUUGACUCGAAGCUCCCGCAACAAACAAGUCAUCAAGAAAAUAUUUUAUGGAGUAUUUUCAGAAAUAUUUUCCUGAAGAUCAUUUACAAAACGCCGCGUUUUUCACGAAUAAGUAUCACUUAUCUCAGCAUGGAUGUGUCCUCAAUGCUUCUGCUGCCGAUAUUAAAAAUCUUUAUGGACUCCAUAUCAUAAUGGGUUGCCUAGCUUACCCCAAAGUCCGGAUGUAUUGGUCGGAGGGCUUCGGAUUAGCACAAAUAAAAAAUGCGAUGACCAGAGAUAAAUUCUUUACAUUAAGGAACAGCCUCCAUUUUGUUGAUAUUCUACAGCCUCCGACAAACAAACUGUUUAAGAUUCAGCCAGUUAUAGACUGCGUUAGAUCUCGAUGCCAAGCACUAGCAACAGAAAUUACGGAAUACUCGAUUGAUGAGCAAAUGAUCCCAUUUACAGGAAGGGCGUCCAUGCGGCAAUACGUUAAAAAUAAACCGAGACCUGUAGGUCUUAAGAACCUUGUUGUUGCGACUUCCAGCGGGCUCGUCGUCGAUUUCGAAAUAUUCCAAGGAGCAGGAACUUUUUCUGACACUGGCUUGGGAGUUGGACCGUCUAUUGUCAUCAGAUUGACAAAACAUUUGCCGAAAGGGAGUUUUCUCUAUUUUGAUCGGUACUUUACCACGAUUCCGCUUUUAGAAAAGCUCCUGGAACUCGGCUACAAGUCUACUGGGACCAUAGCUUUAAAUCGAUUGCCUGUGCAGAGGAUGGGUUUCCCGUUACACCGAAAUAUGAAUAGAGGAGACAUAAGCCAGUUUGUUCAGGGUAGUGUAGUUGCAGUUAAAAGGCGUGAUAGCAAGUGCGUUACGCUAGUAUCCACAGAAUGUGGAAAAGACCCAGUUGGAGUGGUACAAAGGUGGUACAAAAAGGAACGCAAGCACAUUAAUGUGCCAUGCCCUCAAAUCGUGAAGCGUUACAACACUAAAAUGGGCGGAUUCGACGCAGCCGAUCAGUCAAUGGAAUACUACAGAAUUUUUAUAAAAACGAAGAAUUGGACUGUAAAAACAACUUUUCAUUUGAUUGGCAUGGUAGUAUGCAAUGCAUGGAGAGAGUACAGAGCCGAUGCUCUAAAGGCGGGCAUUCGAAAAAAGAAUACUAAAGACCUAUUUAAGUUUAAAUCUGAGCUCGGCGAAGUAGUGGCCAAAUUCACUGAAAGGCCAAUUAAUCCACCUGUUCCGUAUUGCACAUCAACAGCAGAGCCAGCUGCAAAAAGAAACAGACCCCUGGAUCCUCCCGUUGGUGUGCGUACUGAUCGGUAUGAUCACUGGCCAGAGGCAAUGGAUAUGACAACACCAUGGAUGUGGCGCGUGAAAGAAUGUACAAGCAGAACUAGAAUAAAAUGCUCCAAAUGCGAUAUAUUUCUCUGCCUAACCAAAAAUAAAAACUGUUUUCAGGAGUACCACACAAAAAAUGAUCGCUUCAAAUCAAUGUAUAUGAAUAUUAUUUUUAAAUACAUUCCAUCAAUAUAAAAUCAUUUUUUUUCUUGAAAUAAGAUUUUUGAAUCGUCUUUUUUUCUUUCAAUAAUAUGGCCUUAAGACCGGUAAUAUACAAUUGGGCGAGUCCUUUUUCUAGGAAUUCUUCUUCGGAUAAUUUUUUUUUUCUUAUUUUUAUUGCAUUCAUGAUGGUCAUAUUAGCAACUGUGCGAAGCGGCGUAAAAAUCUGUAAACUUUAAUUUCUCAGUUCUGAAAGGGCUAGAGCUUGGUAUUGCUGCUCCAGAAAACUGAAGACGUCAUCCAGGCUUUGUAUAUCCAUACUUUUUUAUGUUUUGCUCGUAUAAACGUAGACUUUCUUUGUCUAGUUUUCGAACCACUAUCCGAGCUAUGAUGGCUUGUUCAUCAUUUUAAUUUAGAUUUAGUCCCUUUAAUGCAUUCUUUGGUGGUAUCUAACAGCUGCUUCAUGCUUGCUGCACUUUCUCCAUUUGCUGCCGGUUGAUCAAGUAGUCUGUCUAUUUGUGCUGUGAAUUGUAGCCUUCUAUUCUCAUAUCUUUCCUUGAGAAUUGCUUGAUUUUGAAUUCUCUUAUUGGCUCGAGAGAAUUCAAUUCAUUAUCUUGAAUUUCAUUAAGUGUGUUUUUGAGCUUUUUUGCUCGACGUUGAUAUUUUCUUUCAACGCCAGAAGCAGGUAGUUCGACCUGAAUAGUUUGUGGCAUAGAUUCUAUUUGCCCCUUGCUGCUCACUGCUGACAGACUUUCGGCAGUACUUUGAAUUCUUAGAUUCUGAAUAGAAUUCUCCAUUGUUUGCAUUACAUGCUCGUAGUAAUUCUUCGCAAUGUAUUCCUAUGCUUCUUGUCUCUUCUUAGCCAUUAUUUUGUUAUGAUUUGCAGUAAACUCUUUCAUAACAGUCUGAAUAUGAUCCAUAUAUUCCAGACAUAAAGCCUUUCUUAUCUUUCCGCUCAGAAUUUUCUGCUCCUCCAACGCAGCUAGAUCUCCCAACUCCUUCUGUCGUGUUAGCAAAUUCUUCAUAUUUGCUUCUUUAUAGUUGGUUUUUGUAGAUAUAUAUAUUUUGUUUUUUGCACUGUUCUUGUUGUUAUAGCCACAAGGACGCUCUUAAACUUUUUUUUUAACUUUUACGAAAAGUUAUUUUUAUAUAUUGUAUAUAGCCUUUGCUAUUACGGCGCACAUUUAAUUUUAUUUGGCUAAGUAAUGCUCUUUUUCUUUUAAAAAGCUUCUAGUACUUUCACUUGCUCGAUUCUUUUUCAAAAAGAGGAUCGAAGGGCCAAAAUGUACAGAAAAACACCUUACUGUGAGAGUUCACGUUUGACUCUUUGUUUGAUUUGUAAGAUCAAACUUUGAACUUAAAUAUGAUUAUUUAAAUCCUUACCACUGGUGGGGGGAAAAUAAAGACUUAUAAUAUAAGCUGAGAACUAUUUCAUUCAUUGUUUACAUAAAUAAAUUACUGAUAAAUAUCAUAGUGGUAGCAGUAGCUAAACAUCUGGAUGACCUUCGGAUCAAAUGUAAUGACAGUAUUAAUGGCUUGCGCCGAUGGUUUGCUACCAUGAGUCUAGAGCUGGCUGAGCAGAAAACAUAAGUGUUACUCAUAAGCUCCAGGAAAAUUGAAGAAAAAAUAUCGCUGACCAUAGGAGAAUGUGAGAUUACUUCACAGCUGCAGUUGAAGUAUCUUGGAGUAGUAGUAGACUCAAACUCAAAGAACACUUGGAAAAUGGGACAGGUAAAGCAAAUAAAAUCAAUAAUGCGUUAUCUAGAAUGAUGGCAAAUAAAGGCUGUGUGCGUUCCAGCCAACGAUGUUGCUAAGGUAAUAAGUUAGCAGAUUAAAGCCCCGCACUCCGACUUUCGAUGCUUCCUUCUACUAUAAAAAAAGAAUAUAAAAAAACCAUUCAAAUGCGACUUUCUCAGCAACAUUUGGGGAGUUUUAAAAAGGAUAAAUUGGAUUUUGUGCAUCGAUUCAUCACUAUGUAUGAGACAUUGGUCUAUCGCCAUGAUCCUGAAUCAAGACAAGAGGUUAAAGAGUGGUGUGAACCUGGUUGUUCGGCUUCGAAGCUAGCAGAAUUUUGUUUGUGGAUUGCUUGCAAACUGGUAAAACCAUUAAUUCGAAAUAUUAUAGCAACCUUUUGGUUGAAGGACAAAAAUCGUAAAAAAGACCCGGUUUGGAGAACAAAAAAAUCCUUUCUCAUCAGGACAAUGCACUGUGUCACAAGAGCAUUUUGAAAAUGGCUAAAAUCCAUGAAAUAAUGGUCGAAUUGUUGUAGUAUCCACCGUAUUCACCAGAUCUGGCCCUCAGCGACUUCCACUUGUUUACAGAACUCCAAAAAUUAAUGCGAUGUAAGCCUUUUUCAUCAAAUGAAGAGGCCAUAACGGCUGUUGAAACGUAUUUGGCAGAACUUCCGGAUUCUCACUUCAGGGAUUGGAUCUACAGAUUGGAUGAUAGUUGGAGCAAGUGUAUUAAUGUUCAGGGAGAUUAUACUGAAUAAUAAAGUGUAUUUUUAAUCAUAAAGUUGUGUUUUUCUUACCAAACGGAAAAACUUAUUUAACACCUGAUAUAUAAGUUACACACUUCAGCACCGGUUAGUACAUACCUCAUAAAAAUAACGGAAAACGCAAUCAAAAUAUACAUAAAUCAACUUAUAAUUCAAGGAGCGCCAAGAUAACAACACAUCAAUAAGAAAGAAAAUAAUAUAUUACGGCGUAGACACCGCCUAAGCGGUUAUAGCAGAGUUUGCAACAGUGCUUCAGUGUCAGUGAUGGUGCAAGGGUAAAUACCCAAAAGGUAAAUUGGGUAUUUAAAUGUAAAUACCAAGGUAUUUACCCAAGCCCUUGGGUAUUUACCCAAAAUGUGGGUAUAAAUCAGAACAAAGAAAAAUUUAAAUGAAUAAAAGGAAUUCAAUUUUUUAUUUUGAAUUAUUAUUAUAUUUUUUAAUAACAAAUUAAAUUUUUUUAAAUUUAAUUCAUAUCGAGUAGAGUGCGUGAUCCCGGCUGAAGUUAAAGGUAUAUCGUCUUGUGUACAUUCUACAUUCACUGUGCCUUAGGAUCUAGCAAAUUCGCAGCUAAAUGUAUCGGUUUUACGGUUUUUUUAAAUCGUGUGUUGAAUAUGGUUGAUAGCUCAGUUUUUUCGGCAUCAUUCAGUAUCAUAGUUGAAGCAAACUCUAAUUGUUUAAUUUAAAAUAUGUUUGAGCUUAAAUUUAAUUGCUCCCAAAAUAUUUCGCUAAGUAACUGUGAUUUUACAUCGGCUUGUAUAUUAAUUAAUUUCUUCAUGAACUGCUAAGGUCUGAAGGGAUGCUUUAGUUUUUAUUACACUCUGCAUUGAAUAGAAGAAACUUCCCCACCUUGUUUUGGCUGGCAGUUUUAAUUGUUCACCGAUUCCUUUUUCUUUCACAAUUUUAGCUAAAGUUGCUGUUAGAACUUGGUUGUUUUUAAUUGUUUUGAUUAUAUUGACAACAUUUGAGUAAUUCUUCUGUAAGGUAUCGCAUUUUAAAAAAUUCUGACAAACUAAAUGAAGGCUAUGCGCUACACAACCCAUCGGUACAACAUUCGGGUAGGCUUCUUUUACUAUUUUGAACGCCUUUGGUAUAUUUGCAGCAUUGUCACCAAUUAACACAAAACAUAUUUGUUCACCGUACUCCUUCAUGAUUUUAAUAAUUUCCUGUGAUAAGUACUGAGUGUACAGUGUUGACAGACUUUUCACAAAUAGAGUUUCUGGCUUUGAUAUGAGAAAGUUUACAACACCUUCAUUACGAAUGUUACUCCAUCCGUCACAAUGAAUAUGUAAAAAAUUUGCUGCUUUUAGUUGCAGAGUGGUUAUCUAGAUAUAUAGUAUGCUGGAAAUCGCUUUUCUAGUUGGAGUCUUGAAAUGUGGAAAAGGUCCUUAAAAAUGUCCUUCCACAAUGGGUGCUCCACCAUUGCCAAAGGAGCGCCGGUUACAAAUAUAGCCUUAGCUAAGUUGUAUUGUGCUAAAUUUGAAGGAAGAUGCUUAUGUAAAUCAGAUGAAGGCGGAGAAUCACUUUCUGUCUGUAUCUUGGUUUUUGCCACAUUGGAAGCAAGCAUGUCUUGAACUCGUUGUUUUAUUAAUAAUGGACACUUGAUGCACGUUAUUAAAUGUUUUGCCAUUUUAUUUACAUUUGCAAAUUUGUACCGCUGUUCGCAAUGUGAGCAUGAAGCUUCAUUGCUACUAUCGCUUCUAUGAAAAUGUUUCCAAAUUUUUCGGUCUUCCCAUCAUUUACUAAUCGCUGGGAACAAAUAUUUAAGAUGAACCAAAUUCUUUUUAUGCACUUGACUCAGGUUGUUGUUGCCGUCUCUCCCACUCAUUACAUUGAAUUCACAUAAGCAUGCUGAUUAGCGGUUCUUAUAAAGAAUUUUUGUUACUUAUGUUCAAAGUAAAUUUGAAAAUAUUCUAAUUUCUGUUACUUUACGUAAAAUCCAGUAUUUGUUAUUCAAAUGAGUAUUUACUCGAAAUUAGAUAAAUACCUUAGAUGAGUACCUUCUCUAUUUAGUUCUGCACCUCGAAUUAUUUCUUCUAAGAGUAGAUUGAAGAAGUCGCAAUUGUUUAAAAUCUUGUUUGGUAUCGAACGUCGCGGAGAGGUCCUUCCAGAGCUUUUGGUAUUGCUCAACGUCAAUUUACACAGCCGUACUCGUUUUGUGGAGAUACCAAAUUCAGACAUAGGGGCAAAAGGUCAGCUUCUUUUCGUGCUGUCAAAUAUUGAUUUAAAAUCGACGAAAAAGUGGUGUGGUGUCGAUCCUCUUUUCACGGGUCUUAUCCAAGAUUGGCGCAUGUCGAGUAUCUGGUCAGUUGUUGAUUUUUUAGGCCUAAAGCCACACUGAUUAGGUCCAAUAAGUUUGUUGACGUUGGGCUUUAAACUUUCACACAAUAUGCUCGCUAGAACCUUAUAUGCGCUGUUGAGGAGCUUAUCCUACGGUAGUUGGCGCAGAAUGUGGGGUCUCCCUUAAAUUCCAAUCUUCGGGAAUUCGAAGUUAUUACUCGAACUUCUUUAUGGUCGGGCAAUGGAACGUCUGCUCCAUCGUAAUCGAUUAGGGAAUCGGAUUCGCCAUAGUCUGGUGUUAUGCUUUCACUGCCAUACCGCAGGCUAGAGAAGUGUUCCCUUCAUAAUUUUGGUAUGCUCUGGGCAUCAGUCACUAGAUCACCUCUGGGGUUCUACAAGAGUAUAAUCCGGUCUUGAAACUUUCUGCUAACGCCGCAUUCUUUCGUAGAAUACCCUUGUAUCCCAGCUUGUCCAGCUUUUUUUUGUCUGUUAUCUUUCCCAUCUCGCACGUGUUGUGGUCGAUUGUAACGUUGCGAGGUAGGCAGUCUGUUUUCUCUCCACUGCGACACGGCAAUCCUCAUCGUACCAGCUUAAAGCAUAAUAAAUUAAACCUACAACUAGCGACCACUCUACUGCACUCUACUUUGAAUGAACACUUAAGACUUUUUAUUGCUGACGCAAAAACUAAAGACAAUUUGGAGGAAAAAGUAUUUAAAGCAAUAACCGUUGAUAAUAAUACCAAUCAAACUCGCGGAAAAGUUACAAAAGCAGAAAGAAAAUAUAAUAAACUAUCAUUAAAAGAGAAAGUAGAGUAAACAUACAAGAUUUUCAGAAUAAAUAUAUAAACAACCAAAUAAUAGGAGAGAACAACCAAAAUACAUGGAAAAAGACAGCUUUAAAGAAAAAGAAAAUCAUUUAAUAGACUCAAAGUUUAAAAAAGCUUACAAAACUCAAGGUAAACGAAAAUUUAAAUUUAAUACAUAUAAAAUACCUGAAAGAAUUUAAACAAAUUAAAAACAAAAUUGAAAUUAAUUUAGAAAAUAAUCAUACAACGGUAACGACAGGGACAUGUCAUACCAGGAAAUGAAGACUAUUCAAGCAGAAAUAAAAAAAAUUAUGCUAACAAAAGGAAAUAGCAAACGUGGAGUAUUACUGAAAAUUGUGUAAACAACACUUGUUGCGUCAAGCGACAUAUGUAUCUAUAUCUAAAACAAAAAUAUUAAAUGAAUAAUAAAAUAAAAAUAAUGAAAUAAAUUGUAAAAUAUUGAAUUGUUAAAAAUUAAAUUAAGAAAAUCUAUUAUAAAAUACUUACCUUAAUAAUGCCUUCAUAAUACCAAUGUAGUACUUACUUUAAUACUUACCAUAAUCUGUUGCAAUAUUUAACGAAAGUUGAAAAUGAUUAUACUUACCCCUUUUUAAUACAUAUUUAUAUUACCACUAGUUUAAGCCGUUAAUUUUAAGAUUUAGACUUAGCAAUUAGAAUAAGAAAUAAAGAACUCUCUUCUUUGUGAACCGUUGAAUCGAACGCACGUUUUUUCGUCACCGGAACAAUUUAUAAGUAUUUUCGCGACAGGUAAUUGGAGUGAUUUAAAAUUGCGCAUCCUUAACUAUUUUUCGUGUUUCAAAAACGCUUGAAACUUUUCAUGGCGCCCGAGCAGGGACAAGUGCGUAAUUAAAAAAAAUUUAAAAAUGAAAUACACUUAAAAAGUAUAAAACAAUUAAUAAAGGAUUAAUAAUUCUUUCGAACCAAUUACCUGUCUUAAUUCCUUUCGGAUCUCGGUUUUCGGCUCAGCUAAGUGAAAUUAGUGAAAAAAUAUAUAAAAUAAAUAUAACCCUUACGUUGUAUAGUUAAACACCUAAAAUAAAAAAGAAAUAAGCAAUGCAUCUACUUGUACAAAAAAAAGUGAUACUUACUGUAUACCAGCGUUGUCCACGGCCUAUGCGCACAAUAGCGCACGGACAGUGCCAGACACCUCACACCAACAUGUCGCGACAAGUGUUUGUGAAAGCACGAUUGUGCUACUGUAUUCAACUUCGUAGGCAAGCAAAGAAGAAUUUUGCGAUCAGUUGACGCUAGAAUAACCAACACAAGCAUAACGUGCACACAGUCAUUUUGGACAACACUGCUGUAUACUUACGUUAAAGUGAACGUGUUACUUUAAAAGUGGAGUGAUCCCUAUAUACACGAAAGAAAAAUGUAAAUACAUACAUAUUUUACAUCUACAUUCGAGAGAGUGAAGUGAUAUGUACAGCAAAAAACGAUAAAAACAAAACAAAAGAAAUUAUAAAAAAAAGGGAAAAUUACCCACAAUAAAUAAAAUAUACAUACAAGUUUAUAUACAUGACUACAUACGUGAUAUAGAGUGUGUGCUAAAAACAAAAAAAAAAUAGUUUACAUACCUGUGCUACCAAAUUUACCAAAUUUCUAAAAAGAAGUUACGGAGAAAAAACGAAACAAGGAAAUUCAUAUAAAUACAUAUGUAUGUACUAAUGAUUACUUUCCCGCUUACUCACCAUAUUAGAACAUACAUAUGUAGAAGUGCGUCCAAAAGUAAAGAAAGUGCUUAACUGUUAGUUUUGAGCACAUCUAUGUUUUCAAUUACAAUUUUUUACAAUAUAAAAUAUUGUUACGAAUUUACUGCUUGCUAGUUUACUUUGCUAGGUUCGUAUCUCUGGAUUGACAAAUAAAAUCAACACUGUUUAAUUUAAUUCAACAACUCUUUAUUUCAAAACUCGUCUACACUAUAGCAGUUUACUCUUAGCACUGAAUGAUUACGUUGGCGCUGCCACGGCUUAUAUAGCCACGCACUUCUCGCUGAUGCCGACGUGUCCUUCUAGAAUAUUGCGUCUGGAAAUUACCACAACAUAAUGCUAUACGGCGCCAGACGCAAGCAGGCAGCCGCGGCGCCAGACUCAGCCAUUGUUUAAGUAGACAAGCAGACAGUGCGGCGCCAGAUGUCUAUUGUUUCGACAAGCAGACAGCCGCGGUGCCAGAUGUCUACAACAAGACAAAUGCUAUUCCAUAUACCUACAGCUAUAAUAAGGGAUGCAUAUAGCAAUACAAAUACAACUUAAUACUACUUCUGUAACACUGCCCUCCACUAAAGCCUAAUCGUCCCGAUUAGGCACAAAUCCUCUUGAACCAAAUGGGGCGAGCCUCUCCAAAUGUACUACUUUCAUUUUACAUCGUGCUUUUCCAUUUCUUUGUAUGCGGUAUACCACGUCAUUAAGUCGUUUCAUCACCAUAUAGGGUUCUUCCCAGGCUGUCUGCAGUUUCGGGGACAAGCCUUUCUUUCGGAGUGGAUUGUACAACAGGACCAGAUCACCUUCUUCGAAACCUUUUGAAUUUGCCGCUUGAUCGAACCGGUCCUUCAUCUUAUUGCUCAUCAGAUGCGUAUGCUGUCUUACCAUUAGAUGCAAUUCAUUCAUUUCUUCCUUUAAGGCAGAACAAUAAUCUCCAUCAUUUCUUACAGCUGUAGGAUUCGUUCCAAACUUAAGAUCAGCAGGGAGUCGCAGAUCAGAUCCGAAAAUAAUUUUUGCUGGCGUGUAACCAGUUGUCUCGUGCUUCGCUGAACGAUACGCCAGCAGGAACAUCUGGAUGCACUUGUCCCAAUUCCGUUGAUCUUUAUCAACGAUUUUCCGCAGAUGUUCUUCGAGCGUUCGGUUGAAUCUCUCCACCAUUCCAUCUGAUUGUGGGUGUAACGCUGUUGUCCGUGUCUUGUGGAUGCCCAAUAAUGUACAGACUUCUUGGAAAAUGGAAGAUUCGAAAUUCCUGCCUUGAUCUGUGUGUAAUUCGACGGGCACUCCGAACCUUGUUAUCCAUUUUUCUACAAACGCUUCGGCUACUGUCUUCGCUUCUUGGUUUGGUAAGGCAUAUACUUCUGGCCAUUUACUGAAAUAGUCCAUGACAACCAGUAGAUAUUUGUUUCCGGUCGUACUGGUUGGGAACGGACCUGCAAUAUCCAUUUCGACUCGUUCAAAUGGUGAUCCCACGUUGUACUGUUGUAGCCUACCGCGACUUUUGGCUUUAGGACCUUUAGCUGCCAUGCACUCUACGCAAUUACUUAUCCAUUCUGCUAUGGAAUCUCGACAACCGAUCCAGUAGAACCGUUGUUUAAUCUUCUCUAUAGUUUUUGUAAUUCCAAGGUGCCCUCCACUAGGUCCAUUGUGAUAUUCUUUCAAUACUUUCGGGAUCAUGGACUUCGGUACUAUGAUCAGCAGACGAGACUGUUUGCCAUCUUCGCUUUCCCAGGUACGAUGAAGGUAUCCAUUAACGAGGUUUAUGCUGUUCCAUUGGGCCCAAUAUGCUUUUGCCGUUGGACUCUUGUUACUUAUUUGUUCCUUUGGUGGUCGUACCCCAUUUUCUUUGGCUAUUAUCAGCUUUGCAAGAUCAGGGUCCUCUAGCUGAUUGAUUCUGAUGCGGUGAGGAGUCCAAUCAUCUUCAGGUUCUAUAUUCAGUAAUCGCACGUGAUUAUACCUUCUUUUCCUUCUGAUUUGGAGCAAUGUUUACAUUCCAGUGGACAAGGGCGACGUGAUAAUGCAUCCGCAUUUUUGUGGUGAAUCCUCUUUCGGUGUUCUGUUGGUUGUUUCCAUUUUGAUGGGUUUACUUUUAUCUUGCAAUUUCGGGCAAAGUGACCCGCUUUUCUACAGUUGAAACAUCUGCCUGUUGUAUUUACUCGCUGUGCAGCAAUUGUCUUCAGAGUCUUCAAUAUUUCUUUCAUCAGCGCCGGAUGUUCCAUUUCAACCCUUUGUACUUUGUGUGCUGGUUUACUUAGUAGCGAAGCUGUUUCCUGUGUGAAGGCGUGCGAAACCGUUUCAGCAAACGUUCUUUUUGGCAAUGCAUAUGUGGCGCGUUUGGUGUCCACAUCACGAAUUCCAUUUAUGAAACAUUGAAUUUUUACCCUCUCAAUGUAAUCCACAGGUGCAUCUGCAUUUGCCAAAUGAGUCAGUCGUUCUAUUUCAGUUGCGAACUCUUGCAAUGACUCGUUCAUCUUCUGACCCCUAUUUUGCAGUUCGAUCUGGUAUAUUUGUUUCCGGUGCUCACUACCAUAUCGUCUUACUAUCGCACUCAUCAAUGCCUCAUAGUUAUCCCGUUCACAGUCUGGAAUAGUCAGAAGGAUUUCCGCUGCAGGUCCUUUCAAUGAUACAAACAAGGACGCCACUUUGUCCGCUGCGUUCCAGUUAUUGGCCAUUGCUGUCUUUUCAAACUGAAGUUUGAAAAUUUGAAAUGGAAUACUUCCAUCGAAUGUGGGUGCCUUCAAUCUUUGAUUAUUUGUUGAUGGUGCAGGGCCAUGUAGUUGCAGUUCUCGCACACGAUUACUUAAUUGAAGAACUUCUGAUUUUAAAUUUUCUUCGUCAUUUUUUAAAGUGCUUAAUUCGUCUUCAAAUUUUGAAAAUUUCUGUUGCACUUGUGUAUUAUUUUCUGUAAUCUGUUGUACCAAACGUUUUUCUAACUGCGUAUUAUUUUCAGUCAUUUGUUGUGUAAGGCAAGACUUUAACUGUGAUGUAUUUUCAGCUUUAUUUGCUUAAUAGCCUUUAACAACGUGUUCGUGUCUACACUUGAUGCUGUUCGUUGUUCUUCUACUUUUUCUCCUACCUUUGUAGAAGUUUCUGGCCCAUCAAAUUCGAACUCGUCCACAUUAAUUCCAUCCGCUUCCAUUGCUUCACGUAAUCGUGCCUGCAGAUCCGCCUUUUGCCCGCUUAUCGGCAAAUUACGCUCCUCCAGUUCCUUUUUUAAUUGCUGAAUUCUCAAUUCUCCGAAUUUAACCAUCUUGAAUUUGGAUUAUUUGACAAUCCCACUUCUGACACCAAUUGUUACGAUUUUUACUGCUUGCUAGUUUACUUUGCUAGGUUCGUAUCUCUGGAUUGACAAAUAAAAUCAACACUGUUUAAUUUAAUUCAACAACUCUUUAUUUCACAACUCGUCUACACUAUAGCAGUUUACUCUUAGCACUGAAUGAUUACGUUGGCGCUGCCACGGCUUAUAUAGCCACGCACUUCUCGCUGAUGCCGACGUGUCCUUCUAGAAUAUUGCGUCUGGAAAUUACCACAACAUAAUGCUAUACGGCGCCAGACGCAAGCAGACAGCCGCGGCGCCAGACUCAGCCAUUGUUUAAGUAGACAAGCAGACAGUGCGGCGCCAGAUGUCUAUUGUUUCGACAAGCAGACAGCCGCGGUGCCAGAUGUCUACAACAAGACAAAUGCUAUUCCAUAUACCUACAGCUAUAAUAAGGGAUGCAUAUAGCAAUACAAAUACAACUUAAUACUACUUUUGUAACAAUAUCAAAACUGAAAACAAACUAUUAAAGAUAGUUUAUAUUUUUAUAAAUAAUAGCAUUCGACUCUGAUUUUGAGUUAUUUUAAGAAAAUUUCUAACAUAUUGAACAGAUUGAAUUUUAAAAGUUGAUAAUUACUAUAGCAUAUCGAUAUUGGCAACUCUGCGUUGUGAGAGAGCAAUCAGCUGACACGUUUCUGCGGCAAAAAUCCAAAUUCCGCGAAUUCUCACGCCAUCCUACGUCAAAGAGAGAAGGGAGUAGUGUUUUUCACUGUUCACUUUCAUUGCGCGCCCAUAACGUAGGUCAUGUCAGCUAACACGGGCCACGAUUCUACGUUCUCCACUGUUUCUGCUAUAAGUGUAAGAAAACUGGAAAAUGGUUGGUACAGUGAUUACAAAAAAAAAUCCACCAAAGCGUUUGAAACAGUUUCGCUUGAAAAUACCGUGACAAAAAUAAUAACUAUUAAAAUUAAAAGUGCCGUUUCAACGCUAUUCUAAAAAACAAAAACAAAAAAAACGCUAAAAUCUUUAGUGCCGCUACAUAAGUAUCUGUUGAGUAAAAAUUGCUGUGUGAAGUGCCGCAAUAGAGGAACAGAUAACGUACGUAACGUUUCAACAUUUCCAUCUAACCGCUGCUGCCAUCGUCGCUGCUACCAUCAAACAGCUGCUGCCAUCAACGCCGCUGCCGUCGUGGGAAUGGGCUGCCGCUGCAUUCUGUCCAAAAGGGAAAUGAGCGCCGGCAAACAGCCGACGCACCAGGUAACGAGUGCGCAUUAUUGAAAGAGGUGCAAACAAACGAAAAUUCAAAUAAAAAACAAAGUGUACACUUUCAGUUUUUGGCUCUCCUUUUUCACUAUAUUGACAUACAUACGUAUAUAACAAUAUAUAUGUAGAUGGGCCAUUCCAUUAAUUGGCGACAUGGUUUUGUACCCGUGGUUCUCCGAUUUUGACCAAACUUUAGAAUAUCAUAAUAUAGACCAAUAAAAGAAUAUCUGUUAACUUUUUAGUGGUCAAAGUUACUCCAUUGUUUUUUGGCGCGCACUUCAAAUUGAGAUCAAACAAAAAAUUUACUUUUUCUUUUAUAUUUUAACGACCUCAAAAUUGAGUGAAAAAAUUUUUAAGUUAUCCAAUUCUAUGUAAAUAAAUCUCAGCUCUCUAAAAAAAUAUUUUCAAAAUCCAAAAAAACACAUUUUUUUCCAAAAACCCGGUUUUUUGUGCUUUUCCCCUAAAUUUUUUUCAAAAUUGACUUUUCCAUUCGAUUCCUCGUUAAAUUUUACAUAAGAAUCAGUGUUCAAAAAUAUGGAACUCUGAUCUCAUGAACGGCAAAAAAAAAUUUUAAAGUUGUCGCUGUACAGUGCAGUCUGUUGAAGGUUGUGUGAAGGAGGUAAAUUUUGUAUAAUAUGUAAUUUUGUAUGUAUGUAAAUUGUAUUCUUAGACUUGAAUUAAGAAGAAAUCACUGUCUUCAUUCAUAAAAAUAUGCGCUGUAUAUCGACAACUUUGCAUUUUAUUUUGCUGUUCAUGGGAUCAGAGUCCCAUAGUUUUGAACACUGAUUCUUAUGUAAAAUUUAACGAGAGAUCGAAUGGAAAAGUCAAUUUUGAAAAAAAGUUGAUGGAAAAGCACAAAAAAGCGGAUUUUUGGAAAAAUAAUGUUUUUUUGGAUUUUGAAAAUUUUUUUGGAUUUUGAAAAUAUUUUUAUUAGAAAGCUGAGAUUUAUUUACAUAAAAUUGGAUAACGUAAACAUUUUUUUCACUCAAUUUUGAGGUCGUUAAAAAAUAAAAGAAAAACUAUUUUUUUUGUUUGAUCUCAGUUUGAAGUGCGCGCCAAAAAACAAUGGAGCAACUUCACUACAAAGUUAACAGAUAUUCUUCGAUUGGUCUAUAUUAUGAUAUUCUAAAGUUUGGUCAAAAUCGGAAAACCACGGGUACAAAACCAUGUUGCCAAUAUAUAUAUAUUUCUGGCCUAAUAAUGAAAAUAGGCAUAUUUAUCAACGAAAAUGAUUUCUUUUUUUUUCGUUGGAUUUGGCUCGUCUUGGAAGACCCACACGUUCGAUUGCUGUUUUGUUUCGGGCUCAUACGCAUAGAUCCAUGAUUCGUCACCUGUAACGAUCUUAUAAACGUCUUUUGAAGCACCGCGAUCGUAUUUUUUCAGCAUUUCUUUACACCAAUCCACACAAGCCUUUUUUGAGCGAUUGUCAAAUUGUGCUGGAUCCAACGAGAACAAACCAUUUUCACGGCCAGGUGUUCAUGCAAUAUCGAAUGUAUGCUGGUGGGAGAAAUGCAUAGGCAUGCCUCUAUCUGAAGGUAUGUUACAUGACGGUCUUGCAUUAUCAGUUCACGUACGGCAUCGAUGUUUUCUGGCACAACGGCUGUUUUUGGACGACCUUCACGAAAUUCGUCUUUGAGCGAGCGUCGGCCACGAUCGACAAAUCAAAAGUUUUCAAUACUUUACGUGCUUCUAAUUUAAAAAUUUAAUUUAACAAAUGCCAAUUCGCUGAAAUAUCAACAAAAUUUUUGGGAUAUGUCGUGUCCAGAGAGACAUAAAGUCGGAUCCCUCAAAGAUAAAAUCCAUCCAAAUAUGAAACCGCCAACUAGAAUUAAAGAAAUAAAACAAUUCCUAGGCAUGACAGGAUAUUAUCGUAAAUUCAUACGGGACUACGCAAAAGUAGCUUAUCCUAUGGUGAGACUCUUAAAGAAAAAUGCUAUUUUAGAUUUUCAAAAUAUUGAUUUUUUAAACUCUUUUAAUAACUUGAAAAAACUUAUAACCAGUGAACCUGCCUUGCAACCGCCACAUUUUAGUAAAAAAUUCAUACUCACCACCGAUGCUUCGCAAUUCGCUGUUGGCUCUGUUUUGAGUCAAAAUAGUCACCCAAUAUGCUACGCUUCUCGUACCCUGUCGGAUCACGAAAUUCGUUACUCUACUAUUGAGAAAGAAGCCUUAGCCAUGGUAUGGUCUGUGAAACAUUUCCGAACUUAUUUAUAUGGUCGAAAGUUCAUAAUACAAACAGAUCAUAAGCCUUUAACUUGGUUGCAUAAUAUUAAAGAACCUAAUAUGAAGCUACAAAGGUGGAAAAUUCUACUAAAUUAAUAUGAUUUUGAAAUUACGUACAUAUAUUAAAGGAAAGGAUAAUACUGUUGCUGAUACUUUAAGCAGAUACUUUGUUUCAAAUAAAUUCAAUCAAAUUUCUUAGAUAGAGAUAUAUACAAUAAUUUUGGAAGUAGUAAAAUUGAAAGUAAAAAAGUAGCAUACCAUAGUCCUACGUCAUUAGAUGCAACUGUACACAGCGCGUUAGAAGAUAAUUUAAAAUACAUAUAUAUUUAUAACGGAAAGGAGUAUCAAUUGCUAUAAGAACCAAAUCUACUUGAAAUAUGGCCAAGAGGAAAAAAUAUAUUUAAAAAUCGUUAAUAAACUCACAUAAUAGUGACUCAACAUUCUGAUCUAAAAAGUAUUUUACAGAAAGUCUCAUAAACAAGGGCGUUAUAUGUAUUUUUUGUGAAAAUAAUGAACUUUUUGUAAAAUUCCAAUAUUUGUAUGUAAAUUUCUUUGAAAAUAGCAACCUUAAACUAUAUAAAUCAAAUAUUAAAUUAAAUGAAAUUACCGAUAAGAAUGAAAUAUUAACAAUCAUAGAAAAUGAGCAUCUCCAUAAUAAUCAUAGGGGUAUACAAGAAGUUUUCCUUGAAUUGAAAAAUAUAAGAAAUCAAAGCUUACAGGUACUUUGUUGCGAAAAUUUGCCUUUUACCACGGAUGUUAAACAUAGAAUAAUAACGAAAAGCGAUACUCCAAUUUACAGUAGACUUUAUAGAUAUCCAGUAGUACAUCGCGCAGAAGUAGAUAGGCAGAUAAAAGAUAUGUUAGCCCAGGAAAUAAUCAUUCCUACAAUUCGCCAUUAUGGGUUGUACCCAAAAAGGCUGAUAAAAACGGAAAACCACAAUGGCGUGUAGUUAUUGAUUAUCGAAAACUUAAUGAGCAAACAAUCGAUGAUAAGUUCCCAAUUCCAAAUAUGCAGGACAUAUUUGACAAAUUGGAAAAUGUUGUUAUUUUAGCACCAUCGAUCUGGCGAAGGGAUUUCACCAGAUUGAGGUACACCCUAAUGAUAGAGCCAAAACAGCUUUUUCAACGGCAGAUGGUCAUUAUGAAUUCACAAGAAUGCCGUUUGGUCUCAAAACAGCACCUGCAACAUUUCAGAGGCUCAUUAACUAUGUUUUAAGAGAACAUAUAAACAAGAUUUGUGUCGUAUAUUUAGAUGACAUUUUAAUAUUUUCUACAAGCUUUGAAGAACACAUUCUUUCCAUUAAAAAGGUUUUCAAUACUUUACGUGCUUCUAAUUUAAAAAUUCAAUUUAACAAAUGUCAAUUCGCUGAAUUAUCAACAAAAUUUUUGGGACAUGUCGUGUCCAGAGAAGGCAUAAAGCCGGAUCCCUCAAAGAUAAAAUCUAUCGAAAAUAUGAAACCGCCAACUAGUAUUAAAGAAAUAAAACAAUUCCUAGGCAUGACAGGAUAUUAUCGUAAAUUCAUACGAGACUACGCAAAAGUAGCUUAUCCUAUGGUGAGACUUUUAAAGAAAAAUGCUAUUUUAGAUUUUCAAAAUAUUGAUUUUUUAAACUCUUUUAAUAACUUGAAAAAACUUAUAACCAGUGAACCUGUCUUGCAACCGCCAGAUUUUAGUAAAAAAUUCAUACUCACCACCGAUGCUUCGCAAUUCGCUGUUGGCUCUGUUUUGAAUAGUUACCCAAUAUGCUACACUUCUCGUACCCUGUCGGAUCACGAAAUUCGUUACUCUACUAUUGAGAAAGAAGCCUUAGCCAUGGUAUGGUCUGUGAAACAUUUCCGAACUUAUUUAUAUGUCGAAAGUUCAUAAUACAAACUGAUCAUAAGCCUUUAACUUGGUUGCAUAAUAUUAAAGAACCUAAUAUGAAGCUGCAAAUGUGGAAAAUUCUACUAAAUUAAUAUGAUUUUGAAAUUACGUACAUAUAACGGGUGAUUUUUUUGAGGUUAGGAUUUUCAUGCAUUAGUAUUUGACAGAUCACGUGGGAUUUCAGACAUGGUGUCAAAGAGAAAGAUGCUCAGUAUGCUUUGACAUUUCAUCAUGAAUAGACUUACUAACGAGCAACGCUUGCAAAUCAUUGAAUUUUUUUACCAAAAUCAGUGUUCGGUUCGAAAUGUGUUUCGCGCGCGUGUUUUGUUCAGCGAUGAGGCUCAUUUCUGGUUGAAUGGCUACGUAAAUAAGCAAAAUUGCCGCAUUUGGGGUGAAGAGCAACCAGAAGCCGUUCAAGAACUGCCCAUGCAUCCCGAAAAAUGCACUGUUUGGUGUGGUUUGU